AUGGUGCAGCGCGACGAUAUCCUGCUGGUAGCCUUCGGCGGCGUGCUCAUUGGGCUGGUCAUGAUGCUCGCGCUCCCUUUCAAUGUGCUCGUCGUUGGCGCGCUGGCGACGUGCCUCCUCGCCGUCUUUGGCACCUUUUACGGCAGCGAUACCAUGGGCCGAGUGAAAACGGCCGUUGCCUCGACCGAAGUGUUCGCCGAGCAGAUUCCGUCGCAAACAACGCACGACUCGGAGGAUGCCAUUGACCUACUCGAGAGCUUCAAGCGCGCGCAGGAACCUAUCAAGGGCUCGCGCCACGAAGCCGAAAAGGAGAGGCUGCUGCAGACGAUGCAGCGCGACCACAGUUGGUCGUCCACCCACCCGCGGCACCGCCUGCUGGACGCGCUCUUCGGCUUCCAGAGCUACUAUGAGCGACAGCAGGCAGAACUGGAGCGCUUCCGCGGCUUAUACAAGCACGUGAGCAAAAAGCACAAGACGCUCUUGGACCUCCACAUUCAGUACUCGUCCAAGUUUGAGCGUGUCGAUGAGCAUCUCGUCCUGAACCAGCUGCUUUGCGACAAGAUUGUCCAGAGCGCGCUCGCGUACUACAGCAUUCCACCCAAGGAGCUCAAAAAGCACGGCGCCGAAAUUGUUUCCGCCGGAAAACGCGCCGAAAAGGCGUCCGUCUCGCAGGCGCUCAAGCACUAUGUCCGCGACUGGACGACCUCGGGCACCAAUGAAUGCGAAGAGACCUUUCCCGCGCUCCUCGGCACGCUGCAGUCCCUCUUCCCCGAGCGCGAGGGCCGCGACACUCCUCUGCGCAUCCUCCUCCCUGGCUCCGGUCUGAAUCGUCUCGCGCACGAGGUGGCGCGGCUGGGCGGCUUCCAGGUCACGGCCAACGAGUGGUCCGCGUACAUGAACGUCGCGUAUCGCUUCCUGGAAACCUUCCCCGACGCCAACUCAUCCUCUUUCCAUCCCUUUGCCGACACUUGGUCGCACCAUAUUACUGAGAGCGACAUGAUCCGCCCGAUUCGCUUCCCCGACGCCAACUUGGACAAGGCCGAGGUGCUGCUCGUGGAAGGCGACUUCACGACAGUCUUCAACCAUGAAGCCGGCUCUUACGACGUGCUACUUACGUACUUCUUCAUCGAUACGGCGCGCAAUCUCAUGACGUACCUUGACACUAUCACCAAGCUCCUCAAGCCUGGAGGCUACUGGAUCAACCUCGGGCCGCUACUGUACGGCACGGGACCGCUGGUGCAGCUCUCGCUGGACGAAAUCAUUUCCGUCACGGAGACCAUGGGCUUCGAGUACCUCGAUACAGACGACAAGUACGGCAGCCUCACCAUCCCUGGGCGCACGGUGCGCGGCAUGCGUGCCGUGUACAGCUUCAACGACAAGGCGCUCACCACCAGCGCGUACAAGGCGCAGUUUUGGGUAGCGCGAAAACAGUAG